AAGAUUGUUCCCAGAGUCAGUGAUAAGAAACAUAAGCUUUCAGAUAUUACAAGGCCUGUCAUUUAUUCACAAACAUGGCUUCUUCCAUCGAGACAUGAAGCCGGAGAAUCUGCUGUGCAUGGGUCCAGAACUGGUCAAAAUAGCAGAUUUUGGACUGGCCAGAGAGAUCCGCUCCAAACCUCCCUACACAGACUACGUAUCAACCAGAUGGUAUCGUGCUCCAGAGGUCCUGCUCAGGUCAUCUACCUACAGCUCUCCUAUUGACCUGUGGGCUGUGGGCUGCAUCAUGGCAGAACUCUACACACUCAGACCUCUUUUCCCCGGGAACAGUGAAGUGGAUGAAAUCUUUAAGAUCUGCCAAGUCCUGGGCACCGUCAAAAAGAUGGAUUGGUCAGAGGGCUACCAACUAGCUUCUGCGAUGAACUUCCGCUUCCCCCAGUGUGUGCCCACCCACCUAAAGACCCUGAUACCGAAUGCCAGCAAUGAGGCCAUCGCCCUGAUGAGGGACUUGCUGCAGUGGGACCCCAAAAAAAGACCCACUGCCGUGCAGGCCCUGCGUUACCCGUACUUCCAGGUAGGCCAAGUGUUGGGGCCUCGUCCUCAAAGCCAGGAGGUCAAAAAAGUCCAAGCCAGGCCACCAGCCCAGAAGCAGCCCUCUGAGAUCAAGACUGAUCACCAGCAGUCUUCCUCCGAGUCCAAAGGCUCCACAUCUUCAUUUAAAAAUCAUCAUCAUCAUCAUCAUCAGCAACAGCAGCAGCAACAGCAGCAGCAGCAUCAGCAUCAUCAUCAUCAUCAUCAUCAUCAUCAACCUCUUCAGCAGAUCCCUCUGCCUCAACCCGAGAGUAAACCAGGAGGUGUUAGUCAUGCAAAAGCAUCGCUGGGCAGUGAGAACAGUGCUGGGGGUGGUGUGGUGGGUGCGCUGAAGAGCAGUCGUCGCCGCUGGGGACAGACGGUGGCCAAGACCUUGGACAGCUGGGAGGAAUCCGACCAGUUAGAAAACACAGCCUCCAAUUCCAAGAAACCGAGCCUGGGAAACGCAGAAGAGGAGAGGAGCGCUAAGGAGCACCACUCACAGCCCAAGGAGCAGACACCUCUGUAUUCCUUCAGCACAGUUACUAAGCUGCCCAACAAUGUGAAGGUUGGCCAGGUGGACUACAGUCUUCCAGGAUCAGCUGCACGGCAGCACUACCUCAGCCAGUCACGCUACUUGCCUGGUUUGAUCGGCAAAAAUCAGACGACUUCCGCGGGCGACAGGGAGAUGAGCGCCAUGACGCUUCGGGAUCUGUGGGAGAACUCCUCUAACACUGUGAGCAAACCACUGGCUCCCAUUGGAGGAGGAUUAUCUGUCACCAGAACCAAUGCAGGGAACUUUGUUAGCACCAAGUACAACCUCUCAAGCGGUUACAUCCCUUCAUUCCAAAAGAAAGAGGUGGGCUCAGUGGGGCAGAGAAUCCAACUUGCUCCUUUGGCUGGGCAGCACACAAUCUCUUCUUCUCCUGAUAAUAAAAAAGACAAAGCUAUAGCUGCAAAGCCCAAGCCCACAUCCAACUCAUUUUUGAGUGAAACCAAUGAAGAUUACGAGGGCUGGAAGAAGAGGACGGACGGGCCACAGGUGAAGGGGAGCACCUACUCAGCUCUGGGGAAAACCUCUGGGAAUCUCCUGACCAGAGCCCCUGCAGUACAGCCCGUCCACGGGAGAAUGGACUGGACAUCCAAGUAUGGCGGAAAUCGGUAGUUCUGGGGAGAAAGACACAACGACUUCUGCUUGUUGGGCGGUGGUGCCACGGUGCACAACUUUGGCUGUGAAUCUGAAAACGAGCAGAGUUUUGACCUUUUUUAAGCUCAAAUCUGGAGAAAAUAUGACAAUUUUAUGCUCCUCUAAAAAAAACACAUCUAGGUGUGCAUGACACAUCCCACAUACUUUUUUUCCAUCAUGCAAGAUCAACUUAACUUAUACUCACAGUCUGUAUAUUGUGGAGAUGAAGGUUGCCAUGAGCCAAGACUGAUACUGUCUGCAAGACAAUCCCUCUGUUUCCUUGGAGGAUUCAGUGUGAGCCAAUUCUACUGUUAGCAGUUGGAUGUUCUGAGUAGGAUUUAAAAGUUGCAUAGCUUUUUUAACUAGUUUUUAAUUGUCAAGUAUUGUUUCACUACCCAUGGACAAAAUGUUAACAGCCUUUUAUCAACAUGCUGCAUUCUCUCUGCUUUAAUCCACCAAUGUAGCCGAUAGAUUCUCAGUGUAACGGCUAAAAGGCCAACAUCAAUUUAAAAUAUUGUGAAGUGACUUCAAACACCUUUGUGUUAUGCAAUGCAUAA